GAUGAUUAGAAAAAGAACAAACAUGCCUAAGUAAAGCUUUGAUAUUGAUUGUCUAUAGCUGUAGGAAAGGAUUUUAUGGACAGAAAAGGCUGGCUUGACCAAAAGAUUGUCCGCUGUCAGCUCUGGAGCAGGAGAAGAACCAAGCAAGCGAGAAAGCAUUUUCCUUUUUAAAUUUUAGUACCACAAUUUAAGAAGUCGGUCCUUUGGCCUUUCAGUUUUGAGUCUAAGAGGGAGAGGUUUUUUUGGUUCAUCUAUCUUGGCCAAAUUUGCAGUGGCUUGCAAUGGCUACGACCAACCUCCAAUAUCUCCAAAACCUAUUCCCAAGACCCACCAUUUCUCCUACAUGUUUAGUGAUCGGAGCUCCCAGAAUGGUGUUCAAGUGUGGGUGCAGCAGCAGCGGUAGCAGUGGACAGGAGGAUGUUUUCUCCCUCACUUCUUCCAGCAAAUAUGAUGUCGACUAUCUGGGACAGAGCACCAAAGGCGAUUUAAACGUCAAUUUGGAGCAUCUCGAGGCUUUCGGGCUUGACGGCCAGGCCACUUUAGAAGGUCCAAUUGAACAAGUAGCUAGGAUGGAGACUGAGGAGGCUGAGGGAUUACUCAGAGACUUGGGUAUCCCGAGUCCUUCAGCAGUGAGACUUUCUCCUCGUGGUAUAUUUUGUAGUCGGACUCUAAAUCUUAGGUCAAUAAGUGCCAUAGGAUACGACAUGGACUACACUUUGAUACAAUAUAAUGUGAUGGCUUGGGAAGGGCGGGCCUAUGAUUACUGCAUGGACAAUUUAAAGAAUAUGGGUUUUCCAGUUGAGGGACUUGCCUUCGACCCUGAUUUGGUAAUUAGAGGUCUUGUCAUAGAUAAAGAGAAAGGCAAUCUGGUUAAGGCUGAUCGGUUUGGCUAUGUAAAAAGGGCCAUGCAUGGCACAAAAAUGCUAUCUACUCGAGCUGUUAGUGAGAUGUAUGGGAGGGAACUGGUGGACCUGCGGAAGGAGAGUCGAUGGGAGUUCCUUAAUACACUGUUUUCUGUUUCAGAAGCUGUUGCAUACAUGCAGAUGGUGGACAGAUUGGAUGAAGGAGCAAUUCCAGUAGAUCUUGGUCCACUGGACUGCAAAGGACUUUACAAGGCUGUUGGAAAGGCUCUAUUCAGGGCACAUGUAGAAGGCCAACUUAAGAGUGAGAUAAUGUCCAAACCUGAGCUUUUUGUGGAGCCUGAUCCAGAGCUACCUUUAGCACUUUUGGAUCAAAAGGAGGCUGGUAAAAGGUUGCUGCUUAUUACAAACUCAGAUUACCAUUAUACAGACAAAAUGAUGCGGCAUUCUUUUAAUAAAUUUCUGCCCAAUGACAUGGGUUGGCGAGAUCUUUUUGACAUGGUGAUCGUCUCAGCAAGGAAGCCAGAGUUCUUUCAAAUGUCACACCCAUUAUAUGAGGUAGUGACGGGUGAGGGUUUAAUGCGUCCAUGCUUCAAGGCUCAAACAGGAGGUUUGUACUCUGGGGGAAGUGCUCAGAUGGUUGAAAAUUCCCUAAAUAUCCAUGGUGAUGAGAUUCUCUAUGUUGGUGAUCAUAUUUAUACUGAUGUAAGUCAAUCCAAAGUGCAUUUACGAUGGCGAACAGCAUUGAUUUGUCGAGAAUUGGAGGAAGAGUAUAAUGCUUUAAUUCAUAGUCGGGGUCAUCGAGCAACUCUGGUAGAGCUUAUAAAUCAAAAGGAGAUUGUAGGAGAUCUCUUCAACCAACUACGUCUGGCUCUGCAACGGAGAACCAAAGAACGUCCAGCACAGACACUUGCUGCAACUAACAUGGAUGACCAAGAACUGACAGAGAGCAUGCAGAAGCUUCUUAUUGUAAUGCAAAGACUAGAUGAGAAGAUUGCUCCAAUGUUAGACGCAGACGGAGAGUUGUUUAAUAAAAGGUGGGGCUUUCUUUCGCGUGCGGGUCUGUGGGACAAAAGCCACUUGAUGCGACAAAUAGAGAAGUAUGCUGAUAUAUAUACAUCUAGGGUGUCCAAUUUUCUAAAUUAUACGCCCUUCAUGUAUUUCCGGUCCCAGGAGCAGACACUUGCUCACGAUUCAUAUUCACAUCACUGUUGACAGCAGAACAAGGUGUGAAAAUUGGAGACCGGCGAUAUGAUGAUAAAAUUGUUUUGGAAGAUAAAUUGAGUGUAUCUUAUAAUAAAUAAUUAUGUUUAUGUGAUUGUAGUGAACAGUAAACAGUGAGUAGAAGAGUUGUGGUUUCUAUGUUAAUGAGUAAACUGUUGUGUUUUUA